AUGCAGAUGCUCACUAAAUUCGAGUCCAAAAGCAAUCGUGUUAAAGGGCUCGCCUUCCAUCCGACGCGUCCCCUACUCGCCGCGUCCCUACACAAUGGGAGCGUUCAGCUAUGGAAUUAUCAAAUGGGGACUCUCGUUGACCGAUUUGACGAGCAUGAUGGACCUGUCCGUGGUGUUGCCAUCCAUCCUACUCGGCCGCUGCUAGUUACUGGGGGUGAUGAUUAUAAGGUCAAGGUCUGGGACCUGCGCCCUCAAAGUCGAAAAUGCUUAUUCACGUUGCAUGGCCAUCUGGAUUACGUGCGAACAGUACAGUUUCACCAUGACAUGCCAUGGAUUAUAUCCGCUUCUGACGACCAAACAAUCCGGAUUUGGAACAGCACCUCACGUAACUGUAUCGCUAUCUUGACUGGCCACUCUCACUAUAUUAUGUCUGCCCAAUUCCACCCCAAGGACGACCUUGUUGUUUCCGCAUCUAUGGAUCAAACUGUACGAGUAUGGGAUAUCUCAGGACUUCGCAAGACCGGAGGAACUCCCGCUACCCACGCAGCUGCACAAGCAGCAGGAUCCAUGGGGACCACCGGGUUUGAUGCUUUCGACACUUUUUCUACGGUGAAAUAUGUACUCGAGGGACACGACCGUGGGGUCAAUUAUGCAGCUUUUCAUCCUACUCUGCCCUUGAUAGUCUCAGCCGCCGAUGAUCGUCAAAUUAAACUUUGGCGUAUGAGCGAGACUAAGGCUUGGGAGGUUGAUACUUGCCGUGGCCAUUUCAACAAUGUCGCCAGCGCCUUAUUCCACCCUCGUCACGAGCUGAUUCUUUCGGUUGGAGAAGACAAGACUAUCCGCGUAUGGGAUAUGGGCAAGAGAACAGCCGUACAAACUUUCCGACGGGAGCAUGAUCGGUUCUGGACACUGACCGCUCACCCUGAAUUGAAUUUAUUCGCUGCUGGACACGACAGUGGUUUGAUAGUCUUCAAGCUCGAGCGUGAGCGCCCAGCAUUUUCGCUGUUCCAAGAUACACUCUACUAUAUCCGUGAUAAAUACGUUCAUCAGUAUGAUUUGAAUACCCGUGCCGAUGCUGGUGUGUUGAGCGUGCGGAAGCUUGGGGGACAAUAUGUGCAACCACGCACCUUGAGCUUUAACCCAGCGGAACGCGCCAUUAUUGUCACAUCAACGGCGGACAAUGGGAUAUAUGAAUUGGUUGGACUGCCCAGAGACGUGGGGUCGGGGGAACUUCGUGAUUCUUCGACCGAUGGAAAACGUGGAACUGGUAAUAGUGUUGUUUUCGUCGCUCGCAACCGGUUCGCUGUUCUUGAGAAAGCUACGCAGAAUAUUCAAAUUCGGGACUUGUCGAACACCAUCACGAAAACGAUUAAAGCACCAGUCCAAACUAACGAAAUUUUCUACGGUGGUACCGCUAGUCUUAUCCUGAGCUCAACAAGCACUGUUGUGCUUUAUGACAUCCAACAACAAAAAACGCUUGCUGAACUUAGUACCCCACCAGUGAAGUACGUUAUCUGGAAUGCGGACGGAAGCACCGUAGCGCUGUUGAGCAAACAUACCAUUACGAUCGCCAACAAAAAUAUGACCCAGAGCAGCCUCAUCCACGAAACGAUCAGGAUCAAAUCUGGUGCAUGGGACGACAGCGGAGUGUUCGUGUACUCAACUUUGAAUCACAUCAAAUAUGCGCUUCCAAACGGCGAUAAUGGUAUCAUCAAGACAUUAGACCAGCCUGUGUACCUUACUCGUGUCAAGGGCAAGCAAAUCCACUAUCUCGACCGCAGCGCACGCCCAAGCACAAUGGAUAUGGAUCCUACAGAGUAUCGUUUUAAACUUGCUCUCGUCCGAAACAACUACGAAGAGGUUCUCCAUAUUAUCCGCACUUCCAACCUCGUCGGGCAGAGUAUCAUAUCGUACUUGCAGAAGAAGGGAUUUCCUGAAAUUGCUUUACACUUUGUUCAAGACAAAAACACCCGAUUUGAUCUAGCAAUUGAAUGCGGAAACUUGGAUGUCGCAUUAGAAACCGCCAAGACUAUCGACAAGAAGGAAUGCUGGGAGCGCUUAGCUCAGCAAGGUCUCAAGCAAGGCAAUCACAAGAUCGUCGAGAUUGCUUAUCAAAAGACGAAGAACUUUGACAAAUUAUCCUUCUUAUACAUGGCCACAGGGAGUACUGACAAGCUUGCGAAGAUGGGGAAAAUCGCCGAAGCACGGGGGGAUCCAAUGUCUAAAUUCCAAAAUACUCUGUAUUCUGGCGAUGUUUUGGGUCGGGUGAACUUGUUACGCGAUGUUGGGCUACCCUCUGGCAUAUUUGACUGCACGAAUCAUGGCCUUGAAGAGCUUGCUCAAGAAAUAUUAGAGUCGGCAGGUAUCAGCGAAGAGGAUAUUGAUGGACUUCCGCCAAUCGCAUCAGAGCCACUUGGGCCUCCCCCCGUCAUCACUCCUACUACUGGGCUAGUUUGGCCCGUAUUCUCGAAAGAAAACUUCUUUGAGAAGGCCAUGGCAAAUGGAGGAUUGACGGAUCCUUCCUCGAGCACAGCGUAUGUCAACGGGGUUGACUCGGCCCCGGCCUUAGACGAAUGGGAAGCUGGAGAGACCGCACAAGAAGAGGAAGUGGCCGAUGGAGAAGGCUGGGAUCUGGACGAGGGAGUCGGCGUAGAUGAAGCAGAACAAGUUGAGGACUCCACAGAUACCCCCGCCGCCACCGCAGGUGUUUCUGAAACAGAGCUCUGGACCCGAAACUCUCCUUUCGCUGCGGACCAUGUGGCUGCCGGGUCUUUCGAAACCGCUAUGCAGCUGUUGCAAAGGCAAUCUGGAGUUGUCAAGUUUGAGCCUCUCAAGCCUACGUUUAUGUCGAUAUACCGCUCGGCGCGUGCUUACUUGUCAAUGACGGCCUCGGUACCCCCACUACGACUCCACAUUCGCCGAAAUCCUGAUGAAACAUCUCCAGCAAAGUUUUUGCCAGUUGUAUACCGGAGCGUGAAGGCUUUGCGAGCGCAAGAGUUCAAUGACGGAUGCAAGUUCCUCUCAGCAAACAAACUCAGCGAGGCCGCCAACGUAUUUAGGCAAUUAAUUCAUGCAUUGCUUCUGACCGUCCCAACAUCUCCGGAUGACUACAAGGAGUUGCGAGAGCUUAUUUCGUAUUCGCGUGAAUAUCUUUUGGGUGCAUCCAUCGAAUUAUCGCGACGCGAACUGGUUCAAGAAGAUCCAUCAAAUCCCAGUCACCAACAGAUUGCUUUGAGAAAUGCUAUGACCGUUUGCUUGAAGGCAAAGAACUAUGCCAGUGGAGCUAAAUUUGCUCGUCGCUUGCUAGAACUGAAUCCCCCAGCCCCAGUCGUUGCUAAGGCCCGUGAAGUGAUAGCUCAAGGAGACCGAAGUCCCCUAGAUACAAUCGAGAUCUCCUACGAUGAGUUCACCGAAUUCGAGAUCUGCGCCAUUAGCUAUACGCCUAUUUACAAGGGCUCUGCCGCUGUGAAAUGUCCCUUCACGCAUGCAAGCUUCUUACCAGAGCAUAAGGGCAAGAUUUGCCCGCUGACACUUGUAACCGAGAUCGGUGCAUCAGCUAGCGGUCUCCCAACCUUGCGGUAA